AUGUGGUUAUUGCAAUAUAUGAUGAUGACAGAUAAUAAUAAUAAACCAUUUCAAUUACCAAUGAUAUUGGUUACCAAGAUUCUAUAUUAUUGUUCAACCGUCUAUAGUCUUGGGACUGACGCGUCAAGCUCUCAAGCAUUGUCCGAACUUGCGGGUUCUCCAGCUGCCGAGUUGCUCGCUGGAUCGCGCGCAUCUCACCGCGCUCUCAGAGGCACUGGUCGACAGCAGCCUCUACUACUUGAAUCUCUCAUCGAACAAUCACAACAGCAUCUACGAGGAUCUUGGCGAGCUGCAACAAGACGACACCACCACCAACGACCAACACAUUAA